UCAUUCUCUCCCCGGCUCCUGGCCCUUUGCUUCCCUGGCGACUGCCUGCACAGGCAGCAAGGAGUUGUUUCCCAGUGCACUCCUGGCUGCCAGUUCUGGCUGCAGCUGCCACCUCUAGCUGCUAAAGUGGCUGUCAGCUGCUGCAAUCUACAUAGCCUCAGGACGAGAAAAGGGACCUCAGACCUUCCAGAUCGCUUCUACUUGCAAGAAACUAUUUGUGACAGGCCAGUUGCAGUAGCUCAUGCCUGGAAUCUCAGCACUUUGGGAAACAGAGGCAGGAGGAUUGCCUGAGCCCAGGAAUUUGAGAACAACCAGGGCAGCAUCAACGCUACAAAACAUAAAUCAUUAGCUGGGUGUGUCGGUGCAUGCCUGUAGAGCUACUGAGGAUACUGAGGAUUGCUUGAGCCCAGGAGGUUGAAUCUGUGGAAUAAAGAUGGCUGCUGAACCAGUAGAAUACAAUUGCAUCAACUUUGUGGAAAUGAAAUUUACUGGCGAUACACUUUACUUUAGAGCUGAAGAUGAUGAAAACCUGGAAACAGAUCACUUUGCCAAGCUUAAAUCCAAAUUAUCAAUUAUAAGAAAUUUGGAUGACCAAGUUCUCUUCCUUGGUGAAGGAAAUCACCCUCUGUUUGAGGAUAUGACUGAUUCUGACUGUGAAGAAAAUGCAUCCCGGACCAUAUUUAUCAUAUAUAUGUAUAAAGAUAGCGAGCCUAGAGGUCUGGCUGUAACCAUUUCCGUGAAGUGUGGAAAAAUUUCAACUCUUUCCUGUGAGAACAAAAUUAUUUCCUUUAAGGAAAUCAGUCCUCCUGAUAACAUCAUUGAUGCAAAAAGUGACAUCAUAUUUUUUCAAAGAAGUGUUCCAGGGCAUGAUGAUAAGAUGCAGUUUGAAUCUUCAUCAUACGAAGGAUACUUUCUAGCUUGUGAAAAAGAGAAAGAUCUUUUUAAACUCAUUUUGAAAAAAAAGGAUGAAUUGGGGGAUAAAUCUAUAUUGUUCACGGUUCAAAAUAAAGACUAGCUAUUAAAAUUUCAUAAUGUGAACUGUGAAUUUUUGUAUUUAGAAAGGUUAUGUUAAUGGUGACAUGAAA